AUGAAUCCCAUAGACGCAACGGAGCACUACGAAACCAGUGCUCACGACCCCGCCCCCUCCCUCCUAACCAUCAUCCUCGACACAAACCCGCACGCCUGGUCCCUCCUCGAAUCCUCCCUCCCCUUCUCCCAAGCUGUCGCCAACAUCCUCGUCUUCUUAAACGCGCAUUUGGCCUGCAACUAUGCCAACGAAGUCGCCGUCGUCGCAUCACAUAAUCACCAAGCGUCGUGGCUCUAUCCGACAGAGACACACCGUGGCAAAGGCACGGAUACGGACGGGGAUGUUUCCAUGAACCAGAACAACGGGCAAGAUGGACAAGCGCCGAACGGCCAGGUAAACAAAUACGAACCCUUCCGCGUCGUCGAGGAACAAGUUACCCGAAAUCUGCGCCAGCUUCUCGACUCAACGCCCGCCUCCACGCUUACAAGUACGACAUCGACGAUGAUGGCCGGCGCGCUAACGCUCGCCCUCUCGCACAUCAACCGUCGCGCAAUAGCCUGGUCCGAAGCACACGGUGGUGCGGGGGACGCCUCGCGCGCUUCCGGCGACGCAACGACAAUGGGAUACAGCGGGAGCAAGGAAACGGGACCCGAGGGCGAACUACAAUCCCGGAUACUAGUCGUGAGCGUGAGCAGUUCGACGGAUUCUGCGCAUCAGUACAUUCCCAUUAUGAAUGGGAUAUUUGCGUGUCAGAGGUUGAGGAUUCCAAUUGAUGUGUGCAAGUUGAGUGGGGAUGCGGUGUUUUUGCAGCAGGCAUCAGAUGCUACGAGGGGGGUUUACAUGGCACUCUCGGAACCGAGGGGGUUGCUGCAAUAUUUGAUGAUGGCAUUUUUGCCGGAUCAGAGGUCGAGGAAACAUCUUGUGCUGCCUACGCGUGUUGAUGUGGAUUUUCGGGCUGCUUGUUUCUGUCAUCGACGCGUGGUGGAUGUUGGUUUUGUUUGCUCGAUCUGUCUGAGUAUCUUUUGCGAACCUCCGGAAAAUGGUGACUGUUUGACCUGCGGUACACAUCUCGAAAUGGGCGACUACGGCGCAAAACCGGCCGUCGUGGCUCGCAAGAAGAAAAAGAAAAAGGCCCGUCCAAACGGGACGGCGGCUACACCAACUCCCACGCCAACACCAGGUCCUUGA